AUGCUGGAUAAGGCCACCAUACUCCUGUUCCUGCAUUUAGUCACAUGCUCCAUCUCCUCUCCUCUCUACCCAGCUCUCAGGUACAGUCCUGGGCCGGUUGCUAGCAAGGCCGUGAACUUCCAGCUACAGCACAGCAGCCCAUUACAGAGCCACAACCUCUCGGCAGAAGAACAGGAUGAGGAGGGUUUGUUAACAGAUCCCACUGAGAACAGGAUGCCACGCCAUGCUGAUGCCAUCUUCACCGACAACUACCGGAAAUUCCUGGGGCAGAUUUCCGCCCGCAAAUUCUUACAGACCAUCAUUGGCAAGCGGCUUGGCAGCAGUGGGAGCAGCCCAGGAGAAGGGGUGCAUGAAUUUCUGACAAGGCGCCAGUCUGACAGCAUCCUGAUGGACAGCCGCUACCACCAACAGAUGGUACUGAGAGACUUUCUGGGAGCCAUCCUGCAGAACCAAAGGCCUCAGGACAUCAACAGCAGUCAGUUAGAAGGCUUUCCCAGCACCCUGGCUAAGCUCAUGUGA